AAGAAGAUACAUCUAUCUAUAAUCCUUAUUUGUCAUCAAUUUUUAUCGGUUAUCACAGUAAAAUGUUAGUUUGUUACUUUAAGUAAAAUGUAUUGCCACAAAUAGCAUUUAACUUUAGCAUGGCAUCUACUAUGGGUUUCCUGUUUUCUCUUGCUGCAACUCUAAAAUUGCUACUUGUCUUUGGCCUGUUCCUGUUCUUGGUCGUAGUUAUUGUCGGUCCUCUGGUCUAUUUAUACUAUAGAGAGAAAUUUAAAGUAGAGAGGCAAAAGAGAAAUGACCGCUUAAGUGUUGGAAUAUUUCACCCUUAUGCCAAUGCUGGUGGUGGAGGAGAAAAAGUUUUAUGGGUAGCAAUCAGAGCACUACUAGAAAAUCACAUCAAACGAAAUUUCAGAUAUCCUUAUGCGACUUUGUAUCUUUACACUGGAGACGUUGCAUUUUCGCCGGUAGAAAUCAAAAAGAAGGUGAAAGAUACAUUAAAUGUGGAGAUAAAAUCUGAUCGUUUGAAAUUUAUAUAUCUCACUAGCAGAAAAUGGGUAGAAGCUGAUAAGUACCCAGUUUUUACAUUGCUGGGUCAACUUAUUGGCUCGAUAUACUUAGGUUUUGAGGCCAUCAACCAGAUUAAUCCUGAUAUCUUUAUUGAAACAACAGGUUUUACUUUUAUUCUGCCGUUGUUUAAAAUUUUGGGGGGAUGUAAAGUGGGAUGCUAUGUCCAUUAUCCAUUAAUAACGAAAGAGAUGUUAGGGCGAGUGCAAGACAGACGGAACAUUUAUAACAAUAGAAACUUUAUUUCCCAAAGCAUUACUCUAACGCAUACCAAACUGUGUUAUUAUCAUGCAUUGUCUUGGUUGUAUAAGAUGUCGAGCAAAUCUUCGGAUGCAACUUUAGUAAACUCCACAUUUACUUUAGAAAAUCUACAAGCUCUGUGGAAUUCACCAAUGUCGCUUGUGUAUCCUCCUUGUGAAGUAGACCAUUUGAAAACAAUUGAGCACAACUCAACAAAACCGUCUAAGAUCAGAAUUUUAAGCUUAGCCCAAUUUAGACCUGAGAAAGACCAUCCAUUACAAUUACAGGCACUUUAUAAUCUACGUGAAAUCAUUUCCGACCAGGUGUUUGAUAACGUUACUCUAGUGUUAUGCGGCAGUUGCAGAAAUGAAGAUGAUUAUAAACGAGUUAAAGACUUGCAAGACUUUGCCAUGCACUUGUCGUUAGAGAAUAAUGUAGAGUUUAAAGUGAAUAUAUCGUAUAAUGAUUUACUAGAGGAGUUUGGCAAGGCUUACAUUGGAAUUCAUACAAUGUUAGACGAGCAUUUUGGAAUUAGUGUGGUCGAACAAAUGGCUGCUGGUUUAAUAAUGGUCGCUCAUAAAUCCGGAGGACCUUUGUUAGAUAUUAUUGAAACUACUACAGGAUCGAGACUCGGAUUUUUAGCUACCACUGCUGGAGAAUUUUCGAACACUCUUGACUACAUAAUACAUGCCAGAGAUGAGGAAAUAAACGAUAUUAGAGAAAGAGCUCGGGCGAGUUGUGACAGAUUUAGUGUAAACAAGUUUGAGAAAGACUUUUUACGCGCUAUAGAACCUAUUUUUAAAUAAGACUACUGUAACUGCAACAAUUGGGUUUAUAUUGCAUAUUUUAGUGCUUAACACGUUAUAAUUUAGAAAGCACUCUGUAUAGUCAUUUGUUUGUUUUUAUAUGGAAUAUAUAUAUUUAAACACUC